AUGGCCUUCACCGAUCUCGAUCUAAUCUUAUUUCUCAGAACGGGACAUCCGGCAGACUCGGAGUGGCAAAGUGCGGGACCUGAAAGGUUUAGUUAA